UAGCUCGAUGCUAGUGUGUCGCAUGUCUUUUUUAAGGAAGUUCAUUCAUGAUGCUGUUGUGACAGAAGUUUUACCAUCGGCCCGGCGAGGAGGAGGAAAUCUACCGUCUGCCCCACCGACAGGAUGUUACUUAAAGUGCUACUGGGCCUCCUGUGUGGCAUCACAGCUUCAGUCGCAGGUGACGACGAGGCUCAGCAGGGCCCUCUGCCAUUGCUGAUGGUGUCGUUCGACGGUUUCCGGGCGGACUACCUGCAGAGGUUCCCCAUGCCGAACCUGAAGCUCCUGUACAGCCAGGGGGUCCUGGUGGAGCAGCUCACCAACGUCUUCAUCACCAAGACUUUUCCCAACCACUACACUCUGGUGACGGGGCUGUACGCUGAGUCUCACGGUAUCCUCUCCAGUAACAUGUACGACCCCGUCAGCCACAAGCACUUCCACGCCAGCCAAGACAAGGACCCGAUGUGGUGGAGCAAAGCGCAGCCCCUGUGGAUCACGGCGCUGGACUACGGCUACAAGACGGCGGCCAUGAUGUGGCCUGGCUCAGACGUGGUCAUCAGCAACCGCACAGCGUCACACUUCUUGCUCUAUGACUCUAACGUGACGUUCCUGCAGCGGGUGGGGAACGUGACAAAGUGGCUGGUGGGAAAUGGAAAGGAGCCGGGAGUGAAGUUUGCAGCUCUCUACUGGGAGGAGCCGGACAAGUCGGGCCACAAAUACGGCCCAGAAAACACAGCUGCCAUGAGCAAAGUGCUAAAAGAGGUUGACGACAACAUCGGCCUGCUCGUGUCGAGGCUGAAGUCGUCUGGCCUUUGGGGUCGCAUCAACGUCAUAGUAACCAGUGACCACGGAAUGACUCAGCUGUCGACCGAGCGCAUCAUACGGCUGGACGACUGCAUCAACCCUGACGACUACAUGCUGGUGGACAGCUCGCCCGUCGCAGCCCUCAUCCCACAUAAAGAUCCGAAGGCAGCCUUCACUCAGCUGAGUAAGUGCCACACCCACAUGACAGCAUAUCUGAAGACGGACAUCCCUGAUAGGCUGCACUACCAGAACAACAAAUAUAUCCAGCCAAUCAUACUGGUUGCUGAUGAAGGCUGGACCAUAGUGCAGCGAGGGAACACGCUGUCGAGAUUGGGCGAUCACGGCUAUGACAACUCCCUACCCAGCAUGCACCCCUUCAUGGCAGCGGCGGGGCCCAGCUUCCGUGAAGGUUAUCGAAUGGGCAAUUUAAACAGCGUGGAUAUUUACCCUCUCAUGUGCCAUCUGCUGUCGGUGCCCCCGCAGCCCAACAAUGGCAGCCUGACACAGGCUCGGUGCCUGCUGGCAGCUGAGACCUGCGAGGACCUUUCCCUGAUUAUCAGCCUGGUGCUGGGCAUCUUACUGGUCCUCGCCACAAUCACUCUAUUUUUCAGGUGGCGGAGAAACCACCGUCGGUCCCGCUCCCAACCGUUCCAGAGGCUGCAGGUUGACGACGAUGAGGAACCCCUGUUUGAGUAAACCAGUCAAACCCGAGCGUCACAGACUGAUCCGCGUCACUUAUUCGAGCUCCAAUAGGUACUUGCACUUUACCCACUUAGUCCACUGCCCUAGAUGUCACACUGGCAUGGGUGUACUGCAUGUAUUUGCAUAUACAAACAGCCUUCAAGCCAACUGACUCACAGGGCUGUAUUCAUAAAGCUUUCAUGCACACAGAGUUACUACUGAUGGAAUUCAAAGAAAACAAUAAUGUCUUUGAAGGAUUUAUGUAUUUGCUCUUAAACUACAACACAAACCACAUGUAUUUUCCCGCGCCUGCGUCUUCGCCUGCACUGCAGCAGAGGCAUUUCAAUGGUUACGCACUUGUCAACUUAUUGAGCUAACAGUUACUUGUCAUCUGUCAAGUCAAUAGACUUUAAUGGAGAGGGACGACCACCACUUUCACAUUUCUGUACUAAAAUGAAUACAAAAGAUUCCAGAUACUGA